CAAUGGGGGGGGGCGGAGUCCGGGCCGUUGGGGAGGAGGAGGAGGAAGAUGGCCUUGGACAGGGUGAAGGUGCUGGUGUUGGGCGACUCGGGGGUUGGGAAAUCAUCCCUCGUUCAUCUGCUCUGCCAGAACCAAGUGCUGGGAAAUCCGUCCUGGACCGUCGGCUGCUCGGUGGAUGUCCGAGUUCACGACUACAAGGAAGGAACUCCGGAAGAGAAGACCUACUACAUCGAACUGUGGGAUGUCGGCGGCUCGGUGGGCAGCGCCAACAGUGUGAAAAACACGAGAGCGGUGUUCUACAACGCCGUGAACGGCAUCAUUCUGGUCCACGACCUGACCAAUAAGAAGUCCUCCCAAAACCUGUAUCGCUGGUCACUGGAAGCUCUCAACAGGGACCAGGGGCCCACCGGGGUCCUGGUGACCGGAGGGGACUACGACCGGGAACAGUUUGCCGAUAACCAGCUCCCUUUGCUGGUCAUAGGGACCAAGCUGGACCAGAUCCCCGAAGGGAAACGGCACGAGGUCCUCACCAGGACAGCUUUCCUGGCUGAAGAUUUCAACGCCGAGGAGAUCAAUUUGGACUGUACCCACCUCCGCUACCUGGCAGCGGGCUCGUCCAACGCCGUCAAGCUGAGCAGGUUUUUCGACAAGGUGAUCGAGAAGAGAUACUUCUUCCGGGACGGCGCUCAGGUCCCCGGCUUUCCCGACCGGAAGCGUUUCGCGGGAGGGACGCUCAAGAGCCUUCACUAUGACUGAAGCGCCCGCUCGAGGCCCCUCGCCAGCCCGGAGACCGGGACGGUCGUCCCCGGCGUCACCCUCGGGCUCGGGGAGCGAGAGGCGACGGCCUCCACCCCGCGGCACCGACCCCGCCGCGCCCCCUCUCGCUCUCCGCCUCGUCUCCGCCGGGAGGCCGGGAUGCAAUAAAAGAGCGGCUCACUGAC